AUGACACGGACGUGGCUUACGCUAGGAAUCAAGAGCUCGGCAAUCGAACACGCGAUCUUCAGCAUGAAGCUGCUGUUGAUGCCAGCAGGGGUCUGGCGAGCAGCGGAUAAAAUACAGGGGAGCGACGAAGUACCUGCUAUUCUUCAACCGGGGGGGAGGGGGGGGUCCCGUGGCAAUCCGGGGCCCGGAGGCAGCGCAGUAGUUAUCCGUACAGCAGACGCCACAGUCCGUGCCCAGGUCUGCUGGAUCGGCACGAUGUCGUACGCCAAUCCGCGCUUCACCAACAGCAUGGGAGAACACCUCGGCUUAUUCUGCGGCCUCAAGGCCUGUGAUAAGCACACCUUUGAGCCGUUACACGUUAUCGGAGGCAGCGCAAUGAUCAUUAGACAACUCAAACAAAGAAAGCCUCUUAAAACCAAACACCUUCAAAACUACUAUUGGCAGAGCAGGAAACUCGCCGACAGACUUGACGUGGUGGCGUGGCACCAUCAUCUGAGGGAGUUUAGCAAGAUGGUUGAUACAUUUGCCAACAUGGCGAUGGAUAAUACAAGUAGCACGCAGGGCCUUCUGUCUGAGGACACAACGGCAACAGUACGCUGGGCGAAAAGUGCUUAA